AUGGGGUUGAUUGACGAUGAUGAUUUUCCAGAUCAUGAUAAAAAACGCGCUCAAGCAGACACAGCAUAUUACUCCAUAAAGGCACUAGCUUGUGCGCUCCAAGGAGAUGAUACCGCAUCUCUACCAGCAUCUCAUCUUCUCGCGAUUCCUAAAUUAACUAAAUUAUCAAUUCCAAUCUUCGAUGGUAACUAUAAAAAUUGGCCAACAUUCUACGAUUUAUUUCGCACGAUGCUGCACGAAAACCCAUCAAUUUCGAAUGUGGCUAAAUAUCAAUAUUUAUUAACUUCACUUAAAGGAGACGCAUUCAAUCUAAUAAAAAGCUUACCUGUCACUGACGAUAAUUAUCCCAUCGCGUAUAGUGCAUUGACGGGAAGAUAUCACAAUAAGAGAUAUCUCGCUACAAUUUAUUUCAAUGAGAUCAUCCAUUUGAAAUCCGCGACAGAUGAGUCUGUAAAAUCAUUCCAUUAUAUAAUCGACACAUUUAAAGACAACGUUGAAGGAUUUCGUACCUUAGGCUUUCCAGUUGAUUCAUGGGAUUUUCUUCUUUUUAAUAUCUUACUACAAAAAUUAACUACAACCACAAAAACCCAAUUUGAAGAACAUCAUACUUCAGUUGAAAUUCCUACAUAUGUUAAAUUGAUUAAAUUUUUAGAGGGUCGAGCAAAAGCUUUGGAGUCCGUUCAACUCACUUCUGUAGCUAAGACAGCUCAGUCUAAACCGAAACUAAACUCCAAAGAAAGACCAACAAUUAGCUUCAAAAUUGAAUCUACUUCCUUCUCCAAAAAAUGUUUAUUAUGUCCCGAAAUUCAUCAGAUUUACAGAUGUCCCAAUUUUAAGUCUAAGUCAACCUCAGAACGUUUAGAUGUUGCCCGAGCAAAUAAUUUAUGUCGCAAUUGUCUAAGCUCCAGUCAUUCAACAUCAAAAUGUCAAUCCUCACAUCGCUGUUUCACAUGUCGACAGCAUCAUCACACAUUACUUCAUUUUAAUUCACCUGUAAACAACUCAGUUCAUGUAGGAACUACUUCGUGCAGGAAAGAACGCUCUAUAAAUCAAAAUACAACUACUAAUGUUUUAUUACCCACCGUUUUUCUUAAAAUCAAAGAUAUCUUCGGGAGAUGUCAUCUAGUUCGUGCUCUUAUCGAUUCUGGAAGCAUGUCCAAUUUCAUAACGGACAAACUAUCAAAACGUUUAUGUUUACCCAGAGAUCAUGGUUCAUCAAUUACUAUUCAAGGUCUUAACAGUACGAAGUCAAUCUGUAACAGAGGUACCGUUAAUUGUUAUGUCCAACCUUGUGAAGAUUCGACACCCUCCUUUGAAUUUAAGGCCGUUAUAACUCCAAACAUUUGUUCCAAUCAACCAUCAUUAAAAUUAAUAAUUGAUUCUUAUCCUCAUUUAAAGAAACUAAAUUUCCAACAAGAUAUUGAUUCUAAUCUGAAAGAAAUAGAUUUGCUCUUAGGAGCUGAAUUAGUACCACAAAUACUUACCAGUGGAAGAGUCCAAGGUAACCUUAAUGACCCUAUCGCUCUUGAUUCUGUUUUCUUAUGGAUUGUCAUGGGACGUACCGAAAUGUCGUCGUUUGAUUCCUCAAAAUCUGUCCUAGUUAAUGGCUCUACCACUUGUUUAUCCAUAAUCAAUGACUCUUUAGACAAUACAUUAAAGCGCUUUUGGGAAAUUGAAACCCUUCCAUCAGCAACUUAUUUAUCUAAAGUAGAACAACAAUGUGAAGUGCAUUUCAAAAGGACUCAUCAUAGAACAUCAGAUGGUCGUUUCAUCGUAGCAUUACCUUUUAAGAAUCAUGAGCCUGUAUUAGGUCAAUCAUAG